AUGAGUUUAGAAGAACAUUCAAACACGAUAAGACAGGCCAUUAAAAAUGCAGUAGAGACAGCGACACCGGCAAAAGGGAAAACUAAAAAAUCCUGGAUUUCCGAAAUAACAUUAGAAAUUGCCGAUGAAAAACGAAAACUAAAAGAGAAGAAUAAUGCUUCCAUACAAUAUACUCAGCAAUAUCAAGACUUAUGUCGGAAAGUGAAAAAAUCUCCAAGACAGAGUAAAGAAUGCUGGAUACAAAAUCAAUGCGAACAAGCUGAGAAAGGUCUAAAUAUUGGUAACGUUGUUACAGGCAAAGGAUGA